AUGUCGGAGAAAGGGGGCCUAACACCAAACUUCACAUUGCAAAACUAUGCCCAGUUUUUUGCGGCAGGUGGUCUGUGUGCCACUCUCACGCAUGGAGGCCUGACGCCCAUCGAUGUAGUCAAGACGCGCUUGCAGUUAGAGCCGAAAGGAAGCAAGGAGACGAUGGCAUCCAUGGCCCGCGGGAUCAUUGCAAAAGAAGGUCCUGGUGGCCUUCUCGCAGGCUUUGGUCCCACAGCUGUUGGAUACUUGAUCCAGGGUGGUGCGAAAUUCUGCGGUUACGAGUUCUUUAAGAAGCAGGCGAUUGACUUUUUGGGUUCGAAGGAGCGCGCACGUGAAUACCGCCAGCUUGUCUACCUUGGGUCGGCAAGCUGCGCCGAAGUCAUUGCUACGACGCUACUUACUCCGCUGGAGGCAGCGCGUAUCCGUCUGGUGUCAGAGCGUGGCUAUGCCAAGGGUCUUGUCGGCGCCGUGUCGCGUAUGGCUAAGGAGGAGGGUAUACGUGGCUUCUACGCAGGCUACGCUCCGAUCCUGUGCAAGCAGGUUCCCUACGCGAUUGGUCAAUUCUACACGAACGAAAUGAUGCACAACUUGGUUCAGAUUACGAUUUCGCAGGAGACCCUGGCGAAGUACGGCAAGGUCGGUGAGGUCAGUGUGCAGCUUGGCUGUGGUAUUGUGGCUGGUGUUGCGGCUGCUGUACUUUCGCACCCGGCUGACACGCUCCUUUCGAAGAUCAACAAGGGUGGCGGCGGCAGUGGCUCUGCCAUGAAGAAGCUGGUGGUGCUGGCCAAGGAAACGGGUCCGAUCGGAUUCUCAUGA